AUGCCGAAAAAAUCGUCCACCUCUCGGAGCAAGCUGGAACUGUACGUGAAGAUAUUUGGUGGAAAAACUUUCACGACGGAUGGCAUCGUGUUGCUUUGCAAGCCAUGCGGGAAGUCACUUAACUAUGAAAAGAAAUACUUCAUUCAACAACACGUACGGGGCGAUGGUCACCAUAAACGUGUGGCACGUGAGGAAGAUACUGGCGGCGAUCAAGUGUCGCUUCUCACGAAUUUCGUAACGAAGCCCACUAGAGGUAGUGAAUUCAACAUGGAGCUCUGCCAAGCCCUAGUCGAAGCAGACGUCCCGUUCUACAAGAUACAGAACAAAGCUCUGAAGCGAUUCCUGGAGAAAUGGUCGAAUCAACCCCUUCCGCGUGAAUCAACUUCGAGGAAAACGUGCCUUAAAGAAGUGUACGUUGCUACGAUCAGAGGGAUCAGAGCCUCAAUCGGCGACGCAAAGAUCUGGGUAUCCGUAGAUGAAACAACAGAUUCUAGAGGACUCUUCGUCGUGGAUACCGUGGUGGGGUACCGUAUCGCCGUCAACGGAUAG